AUGGAAGGAAUAGAUUAUUUUGAUACCUUUUCCCCUGUUGCUAAACUUACCACUGUUAGAUUUUUACUUUCUCUUGCAGCUAUUAAGGGAUGGCAUUUGGAACAGUUAGAUGUGAACAAUGCAUUCCUCCAUGGUGAUCUUCAUGAGGAAGUUUACAUGAGUCUUCCUCCUGGCCUUACUGGUGUCUCUCCAUCCAAAGUAUGCAAGUUACAGAAAUCUCUUUAUGUUUUUAACUUACAAAACGUGUGGGGUGACCCCGUGUGGGGUGACCCCGUGUGGGGUGACCCCGUGUGGGGUGACCCCGUGUGGGGUGACCCCGUGUGGGGUGACCCCGUGUGGGGUGACCCCGUGUGGGGUGACCCCGUGUGGGGUGAUAUUUAUCAAGUUUUUAACUUACAAAACGUGUGGGGUGACCCCGUGUGGGGUGACCCCGUGUGGGGUGACCCCGUGUGGGGUGACCCCGUGUGGGGUGACCCCGUGUGGGGUGACCCCGUGUGGGGUGACCCCGUGUGGGGUGACCCCGUGUGGGGUGACCCCGUGUGGGGUGACCCCGUGUGGGGUGACCCCGUGUGGGGUGACCCCGUGUGGGGUGACCCCGUGUGGGGUGACCCCGUGUGGGGUGACCCCGUGUGGGGUGACCCCGUGUGGGGUGACCCCGUGUGGGGUGACCCCGUGUGGGGUGACCCCGUGUGGGGUGACCCCGUGUGGGGUGACCCCGUGUGGGGUGACCCCGUGUGGGGUGACCCCGUGUGGGGUGACCCCGUGUGGGGUGACCCCGUGUGGGGUGACCCCGUGUGGGGUGACCCCGUGUGGGGUGACCCCGUGUGGGGUGACCCCGUGUGGGGUGACCCCGUGUGGGGUGACCCCGUGUGGGGUGACCCCGUGUGGGGUGACCCCGUGUGGGGUGACCCCGUGUGGGGUGACCCCGUGUGGGGUGACCCCGUGUGGGGUGACCCCGUGUGGGGUGACCCCGUGUGGGGUGACCCCGUGUGGGGUUAA